AUGACUCGUCAGCCCUCUCUGGACUCUGAGCGACCGAUCAUGGCCCACUCGAACCGCAACUCCAAGCGCUUUUCCACCAUCAGCGGUAGCCCCUCGCUCGCGGCCUCCGAGCGCACCAACGCGAGCCUGCCCAGCGGCGACCCCCGCCUGGCCGACAUUCGCUCCUUCUCGGAUGGCCUGAAUCGCCUGGAGAACAAGCCCCUGUCGAAGCAGCGCUUUGUGCCCACAGAUGAGAAGUCGGACAACCUGAAUAAGCUGGCGCUGGGAGCCAAGGUCGAGCGCGCGCUCGGGCGGAGGAUGUCGAGCCAGGAUGCCGUCAUGCGCCAGCCCAAGACGGUCCUGAGCGAGAAGACCGCUACGGCGUCGUAA